CUCUUCUCACUUUCUUUUUGCUGUUCAGUUUAUUCUGUCGAUUUCCUAAUUCAAGAGGUGAGUGACAGAGUUAGGAUACUGCAUUUACUGUACAACGUACAUACGCAGCAUAUUUGUGGAAUAAUAGUGUUUCUGCUGUGUAGAUAGCUGAUGUAUUGUUUCCAGAGAUGAACGAUAUACUGCACACCUCCGUUACCCGUUAUAAUGUCACUGGAAAGUUAUUGGUUAGAUAGAGCAACUUCAGACGGGAUGCGGCAUCGGCGGCGGCAGGGAUUGUAAAACCCCAUUUAGGUGGGAUCACUUGUAAAAGAUGAGAGAACUUGGGGCCUAAACGUCAGAAUGUCUUGGGGGGAGUUUAUUGAGCUCCGUGAGCUGAGACUGAACAAUGACAAGAUAGAGCUUACUAGCUCCGAGGUGCCCCGCUCACCUCCUCGACUGGAAAGGACCAACGCCCUGCGGAUAAGCCCAGGGAAGGUUCCGGAGCUGCUCAGUCGAGUGGGCAUCAUCAGACUGCUGGGGGAUAGCAGUGACCCACGACUCAUAGAGGAGAGGGGAGAGGGACAUGACUUCCAGCCUUGCAGCAACACUCAGCCCACCUGGUGUGACCUGUGUGGGGACUUCAUCUGGGGCCUCUACAAGCAGAGCCUGCGCUGUGCCAAUUGCAGAUUCACAUGUCACUACAGAUGUCGAGCCCUUAUCCAGUUAGACUGCAGCCUGAACCAGGGCACCAUAGUCGACCAAACAAGUGUUGUGGAGCAUAUAGAAACAGAUACAAAUGUGGAUGAAAAGAUUGAAUGGGGGAAGCAAGAGCUGUCAGUCACAGAAAUUCAGCAGAAGGUGAAAGAGUACAAUGCUCAAAUCAACAGCAAUCUGUUCAUGAAUAUGAACAAGGAUGGGUCCUACACCGGCUUCAUAAAGGUCCAGUUCAAGCUGAUUCGACCAGUGUCCGUUCCGCCACCCAGGAAGGGCACUGCGACACAGGAUGCUGGGGGCAAGAGACCUGGUGGGGUUAAACGCCGUACUUCCUUCUAUCUCCCCAAGGACACGUCCAAACACCUGCACAUCAGCUCCCGCACACGGGCUCGCGAGGUCAUUGAAGCCUUGUUGAAGAAGUUCACUGUGGUGGACAACCCUGGGAAGUUUGCUCUGUUUGAACGCAGUGAGCGCAACGACCAGGUUUAUUUGCGUAAACUGCCUGAUGAUGAGCGCCCACUCCACUUGCGUUUGUGUGCCGGUCCCAAUGAGAAGGUUCUCAGCUUGGUGUUGAAGGAGAAUGAGACCGGAGAGGUCAAUUGGGAUGCCUUCUCAAUGCCUGAGCUGAAGAACUUCCUGCGCAUGCUGCAGCGUGAAGAGGAGGAGCAUGUUAAGCAGAUAGUGCAACGCUAUGCCCUUGCUCGCACCAGGAUGCAGGAGGCUCUGGCUGGCUCCACCCCUGGCUGACAUAACAGCACUCAGGGGGAUUAUGUGCCCGUCUUGACUUGACUUGAGUUGGCAAGUCAUCCCUGCAUACGAUGAUCCCAGAGAAGAUGACUCCAAACCUUCCUGAAGGGAGGAGAGUGAAAGAGUGAGAGAGAGGACGCAAGAGAACGACAGAACAAGCGCGAGCGUGUGAGAGAAUGAAAGAGAUGAGAAGUGCCUUACACCUGGAGAGAGAGAGUGUUUUUCCUGAGAGAGAAUGAGAAUUGAGAGCAUGUGAGACUGUGGUUGUUGGGAGCCUGGCUUUGUCCAGUAAAGCCUUCCAUGAUGGGGGACUAAUCUGACAACCCUGCGUCCCUGACCUAUAAAGUUCUUUUGUAUGCUAUUCUCACUGGUGCUAAGGUCUGGAAAUUCCAGUAUUUGUCACAAUCAGAAUUACAAUGAAAAAGCAUGUUAGCUAUUUAGCUCCUUGAGAUAAUUCUGAUUAAAUAAACAGGUUAAUCAUUUCCAGACCCAGACCAUAAUUUCCAGCAAAAAAUAUUUGACUCGUUAUCCAGAAUUUCAUUGGAUCCCAAAUGUUACUUCAUUCACUUGAUGGGUGUGAUUCCUUUGGUUUCUCUGUAUGAGUCUGAAUGAUUCUUGGAAAUUAUUUUAAAAUUAGGAAUGUCUAGCAGAGGACACGUUAAGCUAACUAUGUUUAAUAUAUUUGACAUUCCUUUUGAAAUCAUUGUUCAACUGGAAGCUGAUCAAAUUGUUGUUUUGUUCUUGUUUAUGUCUGUUCAUUAUAUUUGUAAAAUCAGUUAGCAUUUAUCAUGUUUGUGUUGUUUUCUGUGUCUGUAGUGUUUCUUUAUUGUUUCUAUCUUGUGGAUAACAGCUGCGUAUGGCAGUGUUUGUAUUCACUUUCAGAUACUUAAUUGUAGAAGGCAGAGGAAAAGACCACUUUAACAACUUCGUAUGCAUCUGGAUUUCACUGUUCCCUUUACAAAAAUAAAUGUCAGUUCCUUAUAA